UGAUUUAAAGUAGGAGUACCUGGAACCAGAAACGAAUUGAAAAAAUGGGGGACGAUUCAGAAUGGAUGAAACUCCCAACAGAGGAGAAAUGCACUCAUAAGGUUUGGAGAGCAAGAUUGACAGGCUAUGAAGAGGUGACCAAACUCUUUGGUGGUAUAACAGAUGAAAAGAGUUCAGAAUUUUCUAAAUAUGCUGGGUUAAUGAAGAAAUUUGUAACAGAUAGCAAUGCUGUAGCUCAAGAGAAAGCAUUGGAUGCAGUGCUAGUCUUCGUGGAUAAUGCUGCAAUCGCUAAUAAAACGGCUGGCGAGGUUGUGUCUGCGGUUAUUACCAAGUGUCUCAAUGCCAGCAAACAGAAGACAAAAGAAAAGGGCAUUGAGAUCAUCAUGAAAUACAUCGAGAUUGAGAAAGCGGAUGUUGUCCAGGAAUGCUUGUUGCAAGGCUUGGAGAACAAACAGCCCAAGAUAGUGGUUGGUUGCAUACAAUGUAUGCGAAUGGCACUAAGGGACUUCAGCAAUAAAAUAAUGCCUAUUAAACCAUUGAUGAAGUUUCUGCCUAAGCUCCUGGAGGACAGAGACAAAAACGUACGAGAAGAGACCAAAUUAUUGGUGAUAGAGAUUCAUCGUUGGAUAGGACCUGCACUUAAACCCAUGAUGACCAAUUUCAAACCUGUACAGGUGACAGAAUUGGAAGCAGAGUUUGAGAAACAGCCCAGAGAGAAACCACAUCAGCAACGUUUUAUGAAAUCACAGCAGGAACUCAAAGCCAAGAUGGAAGAGCAGGCUGCUGAGGGUGGGGGUGGUGAUGAUGAUGGUGGAGAUGAAGGAGAAGAUGCUGUUGAUGCAUAUGAAAUGAUGCCAGAAGUGGACAUACUAGCUCAACUUCCAAAAGAUUACUACGACAAAGUGGAAGCUAAAAAAUGGCAGGAACGUAAAGAAGUGCUGGAAGCUCUCCAGAAGCUGACUGAGAAUCAGCGCAUUGCAAAUGGAGAUUUUGGUGGUUUGGUGAAGACUUUGAUUAAAGUGGUUGGUAAAGAUACAAAUGUAAUGUUAGUCGCCAUUGGUGCCAAAUGCAUGGCAGGAAUUGCCAAAGGUCUCCGCAAGAAAUAUUCACCCUAUGCUUUAAAUACAAUACAAGUUAUCUUAGAGAAAUUUAAGGAGAAGAAACAGACGGUGGUCGUAGCACUUCGCGAGGCUGCUGAUGCUGCUUUUAUUAGUUCAUCGUUGGAUGCUAUUUCUGAAGACAUUGUGACAGCCUUAGAAAACAAGAACCCUUCUAUCAAAGCAGAGUCUGCCUAUUUGCUUUCCAGAUGUUUUGGCAAGUCAACUCUCAGCACCUUGCCCAAGAAAUUACUGAAGCUGUUUUGUUCUUGCCUGCUGAAGACGGCAAAUGACACUGCCCCUGAAGUACGUGAGCGUUCAUAUGAAGCCCUGGGGAUGGCUAUGAAGGUUGUAUCAGAAAAACACAUUGCACCAUUUCUGGUGGAUGUUGAUGCCAUCAAAAUGCAAAAGAUUCAGGAGUGCUGUGAGGCAUCUGUCCUCCUCACUAUCUAUGGAGAACCUCGGAGUGGAGGCGCAGCUGCUGCACCUAAACCCAAAAAGGAGGAACCGAAACCAGUCCAGAGACCUAGUACUGCCCCAGCUAAAUCAAGUUCUGCCCCAUCUAAACCAGCAGCUAGUAAAGGAGGGCCACCAAAAAAGAAAGCACCUGCAAAAUCAGCUGCCAAAGGCAAGGACAAAAAGGGAGGUGCUGCAGAGGGGAGCAAUGAGUUCACUGAAAAUGCCUUGUCGGAUGAGGCUGUAGAGGAGAAAGCAACAGCAACAUUGUCUGCAGAGACUGUGGCCCAGUUAUCAAGCUCAAACUGGAAGGAGAGGUUAGCUGGUAUGGAGAAAGUAGCAUCGACAUUGAAAGGUUUAAGUAGAGAGUCGAUACCAGGACAGGCGCUGCUGAGAACUGUUUGUAAGAAACCAGGACUCAAAGAUACCAACUUCCAGGUUUUAAAGAUUCGUGUAGAGGUAGUUGGAUAUUUAGCCAAAAAUGCCAACUUUUCACGCAUUUCAUCAGAGUAUUGCCUAUCAGACCUAGUUGACAAAGCAGGUGAUGUGAAGAAUGGUUCGGCAGUUCAGGAAUCACUAAGCUGUAUAGCGGAAGCCUUGUCUCUGGACUUUGUAGGCAGGGAGGUGAUGAAACUGGCAUCUGAGCAGAAAAAUCCAAAGAACAAUUCUGAGUGUAUGAAUUGGUUGGGGAAUGCAAUAAAGGAGUUUGGCUUCAAAAUAAAUGCUAAGCCUUUGGUAGCACUGAUAAAGAAAGCUUUUGGAGCUACUAACCCGGCUGUUAGAACGUCGGCCAUUAACUUGGUAGGUGUUAUGUACCUGUACAUGGGUCAGGCAGUCCGUACAUGUUUUGAAGAUGAGAAAGCAGCUCUUCUUCAACAGAUCGAUGCCGAGAUUGAAAAGGUGAAAGGAGAGAAGCCCCCUGCCCCUACUAGAGGUCCUGUUAUACCUCCAGGGGGCGAGGAGGAGGAUGAAGAAGAUGAAGAAGGUGGUGAGACAGAGGAAAGCGGUAUGGCUGACCUCAUACCAAGGAAUGAUGUGGGAGAGAAAUUUACACCAGAACUGAUGGCAGAAAUGGCUGAUAAAAACUGGAAGAUAAGGAAGGAAGCCUUGGAAAAAGUGGCAGCCAUUUUGAAUGAAGCCAAAUUCAUUAAAGCCAAUCUUGGUCCCCUUCCCGAGUCAAUCAAACUCCGCCUAGGGGACUCUAACAAAGUGUUGGUGAACAUGACAAUUGCUAUUUGUUUAACUUUGGCCAAAAACAUGGGACCUCACUGCAAGCAUCACAUCCGAGUUAUAGGGCCUGCACUUAUUAGCUGUCUUGGAGACAGUAAGCCUGCACUGAGGGCCGCCGCAGUGGGAGCACUCAAUGCCUGGGUGGAACAUUGUAACUUGGUACCCUUAGUAGAAGUAGAAGCUAUACUAGAUGCACUGCGACUGGAGAACCCCAACCUAAGACAGGAGUUACUGGGUUGGUUAACUGAGAGGCUACCAAACCACAAACAACUACCACCAGAGUUUAAACAAUGUGUACCACUUUUGUUAAACUGCCUGGAAGAUAGGAACGGGGAUGUGAGGAAGAAGGCACAGGAUGCACUCGUACCAUUUAUGAUCCAUGUGGGUUAUGAAAGCAUGUUUAAGGCAACAUCAAAAAUGAAGCCCGGAUCCAAGGACACAAUUCUGGCAUUGCUAGAAAAGGCAAAAGGAAACCUCCCUGCCAAGCCACAGAAAGCUAAGAAAGCUGCAGCACCAGUGAAAGCCAGUUCUCCAGAAAGUUAUGAUGAGCCUGAUACCAAGCCAAGCCGACCACUGUCCACAGCUUCACAAGAAAGUGUUCCUGAGAGCAAGCCUGCGACAGGAAAAACUGUCCGCGGCAAGGCAAAGAGUGCUCCAACAACAAGUAAGAAAAAGAAGGAAGAAGAAGAUAUGGGGCCUCCGAUGAACACCACAGUAGCCAAAGAGCAGCGUUUCAAAGAUGAAAAGAACAUGAAGGUUUUAAAAUGGAACUUUAUUGAAGUGCGUGGAGAAUAUAUUGAACAGUUACGAACACAGAUGGAAAAGAACUUCAGCAAAAGUAUGAUAGAUUUGCUUUUCCAUUCAGACUUCAAACGUCACACCCAGGCCAUUGAAAUCCUUAUCAAGUGUUUGGACAGCCAACACGAUGCAACAAUGGUGAACCUGGACAUUAUCUUGAAGUGGUUUACCAUCCGUUUCUUUGACACAAACCCUAGUAUGUUGAACAAGGCACUGGAGUAUCUACGUCUACUCUUCACCAUGUUAUCUGAGGAGGACUACCACCUAGCCGAGUAUGAGGCAACCUCCUUCAUCCCCUAUCUUGUUAUAAAAGUGGGAGACUCGAAAGAUGGCGUAAGACGAGAUGUUCGUGUUCUCUUCAAACUGCUUCACAAAGUCUAUCCAGCUAGCAAGACCUUUAGCUACCUCAUCGAUGGUUUGAAAUCCAAAAAUUCCAAGCAACGCAUGGAGUGCUUGGAGGAGUUAGGAAGCCUAAUUGAGGCAUAUGGCAUCACGAUUUGUCAGCCAUCACCAGGGCAAGCACUCAAAACUAUCAGUGGCCAGAUUGGUAACCGUGACAAUGGUGUUAGAAAUGCAGCUCUCAAUGCUACAGUUGUGGCUCACACUAUCCUAGGAGACAAUCUGUACAAGUAUACAGGAUCACUGAAUGACAAAGACCAGGACCUACUAGAUGAGAGGAUUAAGAGGUCGCUGAAGAAUAAGUCUGCUCAGCCACAAAAGGUCCAGGAGGAACCGCGCCCUAGAACUGCCCCUCAGCAACCACAAAGAUCUGCUUCUCAAGCCACAAUACAGAGACCAGGUACUGCCAUUCCAAAGUCUGCCUCAUCCAACUCGGUCAAGAAAUUUGCUAUUGAGAUAGAAGAUGACCGGACAUCACAGCCAGAGGUCCCAAAACUCAUUCAGUAUGAUUUGGAGGAGAUUUUUCAGCCAGUCAAAUUGCCCCCUACUAUCAACCGUAACAGACCACCUUCUCCAUCUUUGAGGAUGGCCAAAUCUACUGAUGCAGCCACCACAAUCAGCAUGGUCAUCUCACAGAUCACCAGUGCAGACAUCACUUUGUGUAUACAGGCCCUUGCUCAGAUUGAUGAGGUCCUGAAGGAGGAAGGUCGAGCUGAGGUUAUGGUUAAUCAUGUAGACCAGCUGCUCUUGUCAAUGUCCAUGCAACUUAAGAUGGUUUACUCGACCCACAUGGGCAGCAAGUCAACAGCCAAAGACAACGUCAUACGUCUAUACAGAUGUCUGCUGGGAACUCUCCUGGCUUUGUUCCAAAACCCCAGCCUUUCUGCCAAGGCCUCAAAGGACAUUCUUAAGGAUCUUAUAAACAAUCUAGUCACCAUCCUUCUGGAUAACAGACUAGGUGAGCUGGAGGAGGGGGCCCAGGUUGUCCGGUCGGUCAAUGUCAUGGUGGUCAAGAUCGUGGAGAAAGCUGACCAUACUUCUAUUAUGAGUGCCUUGAUCAGAUUGCUACAGGACUGUGUAGCCAGUGAGAUUUGCUCGGGGAAGUUUUUGGAAUUGAUCAUGAAGUGUUUGUGGAAGAUUGUCCGAAUGUUACCUGAGAUCAUCAACGACAUCAACUUGGAUUGUAUAUUACUGGAUAUACACAUGUUUAUGACCGCUUUUCCUGGCUCCACAUGGAAGUCACGGCCCAAUGACUUGCCAAUACGGACAAUCAGAACCAUUCUGCAUUCCAUCAGUAAACUGCAGGGAGCUGCGAUUCUGAAUCAUAUGACGAUGAUUGAUGGCAAUUCGGAAGUGCGAUCCUACCUCAACAAAAUCCUAAAGUUUACUGGAGCUCAAAAUGGUGGUGUUGAUGAGGAGGACUCUCGGGCUCAGAGAGGGAGUGCACAGAAACAGAAGAGACUGACCAAGAGUACACAUGAUAUGUUAGCUGUCAUUUUCAAAAAGAUUGGCUCCAAGGAGAACACAAAAGAGGGUCUAAAUGAUCUGUAUGAUUUUAAGAAGAAAUAUCCUGAUGCUGACCUUGAACCUUUUCUUAAGAAAUCCUCCCAGUUCUUCCAAAUGUAUAUAGAAAGAGGACUGAACACUAUUGAGCAAGAGAGAGAAGGGAAACAGCCCCCAUCAGACACAGGGUAUAUGAAGUCUGACAUCCAGGUGAUUAGUAACCCUGCUACCACUGAAACAACAGAAGAACCUAAUGUGUACCGACAGAGACUGCGGGUACUGCGUGCCCGGUGUGGACUCGAUAACAUUGAAGAGCCAAACAACACAGGAACUUCCAAACCUGAAAUGGAGGUGCCACCUUCAGAAGAGGAUACAGAACCAGCCAUGAUAAAUGUUGGCCCUCCUUCAUCAACAACAGAGAGUGAUCCACCAUCGUCCAUGACCUCAACUUCCUCUGCAGAUUUCUCAGAACUCAAAAUGAGGCUGGAGCGCAUCAAACGACUCGCCAACAGCUGAGCCCAUGAUGGGAGAGGUGUAACGUCAUUGUAGUAGUCAGCUCAGUCGUGCCAAAGUAGUAGUUCCAAAGAUGGAGAUCCUUUAAGGGGGGAAUAGCUCUUUUAAAAACAUCAGUGGAGACAAAGGAUGGAGAAUUGAUACAAGGGGCAGAUAACUCUUUACCUUGUGCAGAUAUCUUUAUCAGUAUCUUGGUGCUUGAACUAGAACACUGCCCUGAGUGUGAUAAUAAACUUGUACAUCUGUUUGAUCUACUGACUUUCUCUAUAAGGCAUUACAGAAUUGGGUAUUUUUUCUUUUUAUCCCACAUUAAUAUAGAUAAACCUUGUGACAACAAAGAUGAAAUUGACAGUAGUGUAUAUAGCACAUCUGCUGCUGUUUGACAGUGAACACACCAGUAAAAUGAGACAUUGAUUUUACACAUCUCUACAAAAUAUAGAAAGUUAGUGACAAGUUUACAUUUUAUUUAAUGAAAUAUAUGAAGACAAUUGUUUUACGUGUAAUUAUGAUGGAGUCGACUGCUAUGUUAUCUAAUGUACCAGUAUAUAAAACACUGCCCAUGGUGGACUCCAUUUUAAUUCUUUCAUUGUAGGGAUCAGCACUAGUUCCACUGGUAACCAUGUAUUAUGUUGUUGUGAAGGAAUGUUUUUGAUAGUGUGCAAGUUUAACUUAUUGGAUGCCGUUAGUGAGUCAGUACCGCUUCACAGUGUAACAAACGCUUUGUCCCAUUUGCUUGAUUAUAAAACAGGUUUUCAAUUACCCAACACAUAACAAAAGUGAUAAUUGGGGAUUAAAACAUGUUUUCACAUUUCACCAUGGUAACUCUGCAUGUCUAUUUUAAUACAGGCCUUCACAGUCUUAAUGCUUAUCAGAAUGCAAAGUAAGAUUUGUACGCUUGUCCUCAACUUGUCAAACCAAUGAGCAAAAACUGGUAAAUAUCACAACAUUGCACACAUUCUUCUAGUCUUAAGGUUGAUAAAUGUUUUUGGGAUGUUUGUGACCUCAAUACUGUUAAUUGUUUUAUAUUGUCAGUAUCGACAGUUUGUAUUGUCAGUAUUUCAGAAGCUGGUUCCGUGGUCGCUUGUAUGAUACACCGAGGUCACUCUUAAAUAAGUAAAUAGUGUUUGUUACAUUCAACACUGAUAUCACCAUACAAGUUUUUUUUUGUGUAAGUAAUUUAAUACACUGAGGCCUUUAUAUAAGUAACUUGUGUAUCUUGCAUAACUUUCAGAUUAGCUUAUGUAAUACACAAACAACCCACGAAGGACUAUUUCUCAGUAGCUUAUAUGUAGUUCAGUGUAGUUUGAUGUAAUGCACUGGGAUAACGAAUUAGGUAAUAUCUCCCUAGCUACAGAGUACACUGCUGGCCAUCAAGUUCAAACUAAUGUCUUCAACAAAGGAGGUUUUUCAUAUAAUUGGCCUGUUAUCCAGUGAAUUCACCCCUUUUUUUUUUAGUAGAGUGUUUUCAUUGGCUGCACCAGUCAAUUGUAACGACGUGAUACGGACACUGAUGUUACUUUGUGAAUUGAAAGACACAACAAAUGGCUGCCUCUAUUUCAUUUUUGUCUUCCAUAUUAUUUUUGCAAGCAUAGGUGAGCGAAAACAAAAACUUUGAGACAAGUUUCAUAAAAUGUUAUAAGAAAUUGAAACUCAUUUAAUAUUGUUUAUACAUAUUAGAUAGCGGUGCAGUAUAUACAUUUACAAUGUAAAUCACUCUGAUGUGAUAUAGUGCUAUUGUUAAUUUGUUACUUCUCCAAAUCAUUGUUAUUAAGGUUACAAACAAUAUCUUUAUUGCCAGUCUUACGUGCUAUAUGAAGAUCUGGAUCUGUUUAUUGUGUAAAGAUUGUUUUGUUUAUCAAGGUGAGAAAUGGAUUAUCAGCAGUGCUUGUUAAGGAAUUUAGAACAUGUAAUCAAAAGUCCUAUGUAUACCUUGUAUCUAUUUUCUAUUGGUUCUGUGAGAGUCAAACAAUAGCAGAGGCUUAUCAAGUCUGAUAGUAACUUUACUAGGUUUAUUUUUUGUCCUCUGCUAAAUCCCCAAUUGUAUCUCAACAGACAUUCUGGUGAUGCGGAACAGCCAAUCAACUUCACUUACAAGUUAAAGUUCAACACAACGUAGCCACACGUUCAAGUGUUUUCACAGGCAUGUAGUGAUUAGAUCUUCAUCCCAGGAGUUUUUGUGUCAGUUUUUUUUUUACAACACAGAAGAGAUGAAAUAUUUGUAGUAAAUGGAGAAUCUUAACUGACCUGGCCAAAUCCUGUGAUAAAAUAAGUAUAUUUCAGUAUUAAGGCCAAUCACUAAGAAAGAUUACAACCAGUCACGAUAUAUGAUUGAAUGUUUUUAAGUUUUCACAGCCUAAGGACUGUUGAUAACCUAGGUGCAAUAUUGCACCUACAUGUAUAGUUUGCACAUUACUUGAUAUAUUUACCAGCUGUCCAAAACAGGCCUUGUUAAUUGUUUGUGAUUAUGCUUUCUUAUGCUGUACAUAUAUACUAUAGCAAUACACAUCAGUAGAAGAUCUGAUAUUUUGAAAUUAAUAUGCAAGUAACCAUUUCACAUGCACCUGUUUAAACUGUGGCUUCAAUCAUAACACCUUAAUCCUGGCUUCUGCUGCCUAUAAAUAUCAUGAUACCAAUUUCUUCUGUACCCAGUAUCUGAUCUGGUUUUAUAAAUGUAUGAUAUAGACAUGUAAUAUUACAUUGUAAGCCAUUGUAACCAAUUACAUUUGAUUUAAAAUUAUUGAUGUGUAUUGAUAAUGUAUUUCUGUUAAGAUUUAAUUACAGAAAUGUAAUGGAUGGGAUAUUGUCACUUGUCACACACAUGCAUUAUUUACACUGUUUAGUUGUAUAGACAUUUAACCCUGUCUCCACGCUUGCUGUGUAACCCUUGUUGCCACAUUCCGUUUUGUUUUAAUGAUUAUCAGCAUUACUACUGUCUCUUUCCCAUCAUUUACUGUUUUCUACAGAUCUCUCUUAGUGUUUCAUGUCUGCUUCCUUAGUCUUUUCUAUCACGUCCUGUUUUCUGAAAAUCUUCCCUUGCAUUUCCUGUCUGUUUUAAACAGAUAUUUCCUGUCAUUUCCUUUAUCCUCUUUCCUUCUAUCUUGCUCAUCCUUUAGAACAAACUAGAUGAUAUUUGGAAAUUGUUGCAAUGUAAAAAGCCGGAAGUAGUAAAAGAUUUUUGUUAUAGGGUUAUUGUCUAAUUUGUGUUGUAAAUUGUCUUAAUUGUAGGCCAACAAGUGGGAGAAUAUGCCUUUCGCUUAAUGUGAUAUUGGAUUGUAGUACAACAUGAAUGCAGUAUGAGAAGGUAAAGAGAGAGAGAGAGAAGUAGGAAGUGAGAGUAUUGGAAGGAAGGAGAAGGGAGAGGACAUGUUGAUACGUUGGACAGUACAAUCACAUAUUAUCAUUAUAAAUAUCAUUUUCGUCCAGACAUUUAAUAAAGUAAAACUACUUGCAGUGGUGGUAUGUGUGUCUUUGUGUGAAGUCUAUUCCAGUCUGCUUCCUAGGCAUGAAACAUGGUCAGUAAAAUUCUACUCGUCACGCUGGCAAUGUGUUACAUACGUCAGGACUUCCAGCUUCAAAAUUCAAGACUUCUACUUUGUACCUUGUCUACACUCUUAGAAGGUUGUAGAGAAAGUGUACCGAGAUGAGAAUUUCUUGAUUAAGAAGAUUCCAGGCUUUUUACGUACAACUGUACAGAGCUAUAUUUCACUGUGAAAGUAGCUUGUUAAACAUGUAGCAGCUAUAUCUUGUGAUGUAAACAAGCUAUAUCUCGUGAUGUAAACAAGCUAUAUCUUGUGAUGUAAACGAGCUAUAUCUUGUGAUGUAUACCAGCUAUAUCUCGUGAUGUAAACAAGCUAUAUCUUGUGAUGUAAACGAGCUAUAUCUCGUGAUGUAAACAAGCUAUAUCUCGUGAUGUAAACAAGCUAUAUCUCGUGAUGUAAACUAGCUAUAUCUCGUGUUGUAAACAAGCUAUAUCUCGUGAUGUAAACGAGCUAUAUCUGGUGUUGUAAACGAGCUGUAUCUUGUGACGUAAACGAGCUGUAUCUUGUGAUGUAAACAAGCUAUAUCUUGUGAUGUAUACGAGCUGUAUCUUGUGAUGUAAACGAGCUAUAUCUUGUGAUGUAUACAAGCUGUAUCUUGUGAUGUAAACGAGCUAUAUCUUGUGUUGUAAACGAGCUAUAUCUUGUCAUGUAUACGAGCUAUAUCUCGUGAUGUAAACAAGCUAUAUCUUGUGAUGUAAACAAGCUAUAUCUUGUGAUGUAAACAAGCUAUAUCUUGUGAUGUAAACAAGCUAUAUCUUGUGAUGUAAAAAAGCUAUAUCAGUUACAUAAUUAUGUAUGGUUCUGUAUCUAUGUCAGACUGGUGACAUCCCAGUAACACAUUGCAGUGAGGAUUUGUCGGAUGCCUAUCUGUGUGCUCUCAAUACUCGUACAUAUUGUGUAUCAGCUGCUGCAUGUAUAUUAUUGUAAUAAUUUUACCAAUACAACUCAAUUGGAACCAC